AUGUUUAUUCCAUAUUUUGUUUCAUCCAUAUUUUUCUUUUCGGUCACAUUCUUCCAUUUUUUCUUUCCUUCUUUUCUUACAUCUUUAUGCCAUUUUUUCUUUCCUUGCACCUUUCAUCCAUAUUUUUCUUUCCUCUCGUCUUUCUUCCACUUUUUCUUCCAUUUCAUCUUUCUUCAAUAUUUUGUUUCAUUUCAUCUUUCCAUAUUUUUCAUUCCUUUCGUCUUUCUUUCAUUUUUUUCUUUCAUUCUUUCAUUCUUAUAUGCCUUACUAUUCCGACCAGCAUAUCUUUGGUCCAGUUCUGAUUGUCUCACCAUUCUACCCCCACUCUGUCGAGCUGAGUGUGAAAGGGACGAAGAAUGUCCGGCAGAUAAAUAUGGUUACUGCCCUAUUCCGGCUAAGGAUUUGAUAACACCUUGCAUUGUCUUUUGCAAUAAUGAUGCAGAAUGUCCUGGAGCACAGAAAUGUUGUAGCCAUGGCUGUACAGUCAAGUGCAUGGAACCGGAUUAUCCUGGCAGCUGCCCACAUGAAUCUGCUGGCGAUUUUUGGUUUCAAUGCAGGAAAUAUUGUUCUUAUGAUAGCAACUGCUCCAAAGGCUCUAAAUGUUGUAAGUUAGGUUGCACCACCAAAUGCACCCGCGCCAUAUUUCCAGAACUAAUUUGA